GCGCCGUGCGGCAACCUGCGCCCGUGCCGCGGAGUUCCGCCGCUCCCGGAAGUGGCGGAAGGGUGACGGGACGGAGCGGAAGUCACCGGAGAGACGGGCGGAGGCGGCGAGCGAGGAUGAACAACAAAUUUGACGCUUUGAAAGAUGAUGACAGUGGGGACCAUGACCAGAACGAAGAGAACAGCACACAGAAAGAUGGUGAGAAGGAAAAAAAUGAUCGUGACAAACCCCAGAGUAGCACCAAGAGGAAGGCUGUUGUCCCAGGGCCGGCCGAGCACCCCCUGCAGUAUAAUUAUACUUUCUGGUACUCCAGACGAACACCCGGGAGACCCACCAGCUCUCAGAGCUAUGAACAGAACAUCAAACAGAUUGGCACCUUCGCCUCAGUGGAGCAGUUCUGGAGGUUUUACAGUCACAUGGUACGUCCUGGGGACCUGACAGGCCAUAGCGACUUCCAUCUCUUCAAAGAGGGAAUCAAACCCAUGUGGGAGGACGAUGCCAACAAAAAUGGUGGCAAGUGGAUUAUCCGUCUGCGCAAGGGCUUAGCAUCUCGCUGCUGGGAGAAUCUCAUUCUGGCGAUGUUGGGAGAACAGUUUAUGGUGGGGGAAGAAAUCUGUGGGGCAGUUGUCUCUGUCCGAUUCCAGGAGGAUAUUAUCUCCAUAUGGAACAAGACCGCUAGCGACCAGGCCACAACAGCUCGGAUACGCGACACGUUACGCCGAGUGCUUAACCUACCUCCGAACACCAUCAUGGAAUACAAAACGCACACUGACAGCAUCAAGGCCUGGGAGGAGUUUCAUGGCCUGGUGAACAGCAGUGGUCGCUGAUCGAACGCUCCCCCUCUCUCUGUCACACCCAGGGGAUAACUCAAGCUUUCGAAACACCAAAAUCACAUUGUGAGAACAAGGCUGGCGGUAAAUUCCUCUCUUGGUGUGAACCCCCUGAGAGGUCUCCAUCCGUGCCCUGCCAUUUCUGGAGGGCCGCGCAGGCUGGAUUGACCGCACCACCCUUUUGCACUCAACCCCGGAGGAAGGAUUUCAUUCAAAGCCCUUCUGCGUCGGUGACUAAUGAGAGGCUGACCUCGUCACACAAAACUCUUUCCAAGGGCAGGGUAGGAGGCUGACUUUUCAGUUAGCAGGGUGCCCUCCCAGGGCCUCCUUCAGCACUUUCUU